UCCUGGCGGAGGAGAGACACACAGGCAGACAGACUGAGAGUGAAUACAAUCAGCAGCGGAGAGCAAUGGGACGGAAAGCAGAACUGCACGAUUCAGUGUUCGGAGAACCUCGGAGAUUUGAUCCAACCUUCAAGGGACCAAUUCACAGCAGGCAUUGUACUGACAUCCUAUGCUGUGUGCUGUUUAUUGCUGUGAUUCUCGGUUACAUUGCUCUGGGAGUCGUUGCUUGGGUCCAUGGAGAUCCGAGGAAAGUGGUGUAUCCGACAGAUAGCCGUGGCCAAUUCUGUGGACAGAAGGGGACUGUCAAUGAGAACAAGACCAUUUUAUUCUACUUCAACAUCCUGAAGUGUGCAAGCCCUGCGGUUCUCAUCAACCUGCAAUGCCCAACAAAACAGCUUUGCGUUGAGAAGUGUCCAAGUCAGUUUUCCCGAUAUAUCGAUGUGAAAUAUAAUUAUCGAUGGAACAAAACCGCCUGGGAAUAUUACCGUCAGUUUUGUCAACCUGGCUACAACACCCCUCGAAAGUCUGCUGCCCAGGUGACUCGAGAUGAAGACUGCCCAUCAAUGAUUGUUCCCAGCCGACCCUUUCUGCGACGUUGCUUUCCUGACUUUACCACCAAAAAUGGAAUUCUGACGGUGGCCAACAAGACCACGUUCAAAGACGGCCAGGGUAGAACCCGCAACGUGACAGAUCUGCGAGACGCAGCCAACAAGGCGACCACCAUCCGCCACGGAUCCAAGAGAGGAAUAAGUCAUGUCCUUGAUGCCAGGGAGAUUUGGAUGAAGAUAUUUGAAGAUUACACCAACUCUUGGUACUGGAUCUUAAUUGGGCUGGUCAUUGCUAUGGUCGUCAGCCUCAUCUUCAUCCUCUUGCUCCGUUUCACAGCUGGGGUCUUAUUCUGGUUUGUCAUCUUCGCUGUGAUCGCGGUAAUUGGUUAUGGGAUCUGGCACUGUUACUGGGAGUACAGCAGUCUGAAGGGUAAACCGGGCAGUGACAUCUCAAUCUCCGACAUUGGUUUUCAGAUGGACUUCAGGGUGUAUCUGCAGCUCAGGCAGACGUGGCUCGCCUUUAUGAUCUUUCUCUGCAUUAUUGAGGUGAUCAUCAUUCUGAUGUUGAUUUUCCUACGGAAAAGAAUCUGUAUUGCAAUUGCACUGCUCAGGGAAGGGAGCAAGGCCAUAGGAUACAUCAUGUCUACUUUAUUCUACCCAAUCAUCACCUUUCUGCUCCUUGCUGUCUGUAUUUCCUAUUGGGCUAUCACAGCAAUAUUCCUGUCAACGUCCGGUGAAGCUGUGUACAAAAUCAUGACCAUUCGGGGUCAUUGUAUAUAUGCAAAUAGAACGUGCAAUCCUGAGGUAUUUAACACCAGCAAUGUCACCAAGUUGUGCCCAGGUGCUCAAUGUGCCUUCGCUUUCUAUGGUGGAGAGAGUGUUUACCACAAGUAUAUCUUCAUCCUUCAGAUCUGCAACCUCUUUGUCUUUUUGUGGCUGGUGAAUUUUGCCAUUGCGCUGGGGCAGUGCACAUUGGCAGGUGCCUUUGCUUCCUAUUACUGGGCGUUUAAGAAGCCAGCUGACAUACCAGCCUUCCCUUUGCUUGCUGCGUUCGGUCGUUCCCUGAGGUACCAUACAGGCUCACUGGCAUUCGGAUCCUUGAUACUAGCUAUCAUCCAACUCAUCCGCAUUAUUCUGGAAUACCUGGAUAAUAAACUGAAAGGUGCACAGAACAAAUUUGCCAAGUUCCUGUUCUGCUGCCUGAAAUGUUGCUUUUGGUGUCUGGAAAAAUUCAUCAAAUUUCUCAACAGAAAUGCCUAUAUAAUGAUCGCCAUUUAUGGUAAAAACUUCUGCACAUCUGCAAAGGAUGCCUUCUAUUUACUGAUGAGGAAUGUGGUGAGAGUCGCUGUGUUGGAUAAAGUGACGGAUUUUCUUUUAUUACUCGGCAAGUUGCUGAUUGUUGGGGGUGUCGGAGUGCUGGCUUUUUUCUUCUUUACACAAAGGAUAUCGAUCAUCGCUGGUGAAGCACCAUCAUUAAACUAUUACUGGGUCCCUCUGGUGACGGUGAUAUUCGGAUCCUACCUAAUUGCACAUGGGUUUUUCAGCGUCUAUGCAAUGUGUGUGGAUACAUUGUUCCUCUGUUUCUGUGAAGAUUUGGAACGUAAUGAUGGAUCAGCUGAGAAACCUUACUUCAUGUCGCCCGAACUGCACAGGAUCCUGGGACGCCACGAGUGGAGCCCGCGCAAGGCGAAUGGAUAGUUUGCUAGUGCCAGCUUUGUGCUGUACUCAACCCCCUGCCUCACUGUCUCAUGAUUAAUAUAUAGAUGAUGUAAUCAGGCGCCCAGCCUCUGUCAGAAAGAGCCAACUCAUGUAAAACCUUUCUUCAGUUCGCAGCAGACGGGUUUCGGGAGCUGGUAACUAUUUAACUCCCCGAGUAGAGUUCUAGUUUUUAAAAAGAAAUAACUUUUAUUUUAAGAGAAUAACAGCAUUUUGCCACCACACUCAAUGACACGUAUGUGUCGUGCAGUCUGUGUCCUGGAAUGUUUUACUGGGAAGGCAGGCAGAGAGCUGACCAACAGCCACUGGCUUUCUGACAGACUCCAGUGCACAUCGCGGUCAAUUACCACAUGGGCGUGUUGUAACUAUUUGGUGGGGAAUAUGUUUGGCCUUGAAUAUUACUGAAAACUGGAGCAUGUUGUCGGACACUUUGUCUUGCAUUCUCCAGAACAAAUACCAGAAUGGCAAAUAUCAAGGCAUUGCAAGUCAUAUCGCAGGAAAGGGCACUGAGCAGUGGAUGCGCUGAUUCUCAUUGGCUGAGGUGUUUCUGUGGAGAGCAAAUGGGGAAUAUCCAGCCUCCCCCAGCCUCCAGAUAGUUGAACAGCAGUGCAAAUCCUGAACAUGUUCCUUUUCCUUUGUGGAGGAGGGGUCCGUGUGGAUGAAUGUGUGUCACUUUCACAAGUAUCAAAGAGCCAUGAUGCAGGAUUAAACCCUAAUGUGGUUAUUGGGGCAGCUGUGAGCACACUUCACAUUGAUCAGUAAGUGCUGUCCCAUCGUGGUGCCACAUUUUACACCAGUGGAAAAUGAUGCGGAAUGUGUUCAAGCAUCUAUGGCAACACCUUAGCCAAUCAGGAUCAGCUUGACAACCAAUCGGUCCCCUUUCUCUGCUGUUCAUUUGAAAUUCUUGUAUUUGUUGUGAUGAACACAAGGCAUUGAACUGCAGCACCAUGUCUCAGUUUCCAGUGAGAUUUCCUGUCCUAUCAAGCGACUGAUUGUAUAUCUGGCCUUAUAAAUAAUCCAGGGCUGUGACCCACAUAAUCCUGGGCUUUAACCAGUGAUCCUUCCAUGUUCCUGUCACACAACAGGAAAUUCUAACUGUACAUGAAGUCAAAAGACACUAAUAUGCAAUAAGAGUUUAUUCCAGGCCCUGUAGAGAAGGUAGAGGAGGGGAAGGGAGGCUGUUUCACUGGGUCUUGAGCCUUCCAUAGGCAGCCCACAGGUUGAGGCCUUGCCUCACUGAAUCCGGGCUAAACUGCCACGUGAGGACCAUAAAGUCGUAUAGCCCUGUUACAGAACAGUCCAUGGUUCCAGACCCCGGGGCUGCUUACAGCCCAUGGGGUCAUAUGACUCUCAAAAGGGGUCGACCUUGAGUUAAAUCCUCAACUUGCUGGUCACACAGAGGAGAAGGUGGGAGUUUCCUUAUGAACAGGGCCCAGCUACAACCCGGUUACACCCCUCAGACCCUGACCCCUGUGUUGUGGCUAACUCCCCUGAAUGUGGGCCAUGAAUUCCCAGAGUGAUCCCAGUGAGUGACCCCAACACAGGGUCUUUCUAACUGCUGAGGUAAGCAGCAAUUUGUGGUGUGAAUUCUGGUUCACUGCACCUUGCUGGAUGGUUCACAUCGGCUUGCUGUCAGUCCCCAGGAUUGGGAAGUUCUGACUAUCUCACUAACGGUUUCCCAUUGAAAUCCCUGGCCUGGGUUGGCUCUGGGGCUGGAGUAAAUAUGGUUUAUGUUGUAAGGACCCUGUGAUUGGUGAGAUCGAUGUCCCCAACAUCGAAACUCAGGCAAUCUGACCCAGAAAAGGAAGAGUUGGAACCAGGAAAUCUCAUUCUGACAAUGUGCAGGCCAUUUGAUCCAUCGUGCUGGUGCUACUUUCCUGCUCUUGGUCCGAGCUGUGGAGGUUACACACAGGCAAAGCUCAGUGACUGCCCACUCCGUGUUCUCUCUACAACCCUGACAUGAUCCUGCACAUUUCUGCUGAAUGUUAACACAAACCCUUAGUUUUUUAUUGACCGGGUACUUCAGGCCUGUCCCAUCCCUGAGGGAGAGGGUGGGCUUUAUUUCUCUGAUAGGAGAUGUGGGCAUCUCUUACAAUGCCAGGGAUCUGUUCUCCAUCCCUCACAGGCCUCACACUGAGGGGUUCACAUGGCACUGUUUUCACAGGGCAGCUCAGAGUCAGUCACAUCGCUGUGGGUCUGGAGUCAUGUGUCGGCCAGACCAGGUAAGGUUGGCAGAUUUCCCUCCCUAAAGGACAGGAGGUGAACCCAGGUGGGUUUUGACAACAAUCCAUGAUAAUUCCAUGGUCAUAAAGAGGAACAUUUACCUUGAGAUUUAAUCAGCUGAAGUUAAGCUCCACCGGUAGCCAAGGUGGAUUUGAACCCUUGCCCUUCAUCCAGGUCUCUGGAUUAACUGCCCACUCACACUGCGAACCAUCUCCCUUCAAACAUCUACCCCAUUAAAUGUCGGUGUGACCAUCAGGGGAGCACAGGAGGAGGCCAUUCGGGCCCUCGGGUCUGUCCUGCCUUUCCCUUAGACGGUGGGUGAUUGGAUGUGGAGCAGAUGCUGCAGUGUGUCAGUUUGAAACUCCUCUCCCCGUCACACUUUCCUAAUGGGAGGGAGGGAGACGGUCAACCUUUAGAGUGUCCACAGUGUCUGAGUGAGGGAAAGUAAAGAGACAAGAGGAGUAUUGUAUUUGUGUCCUUUGGAGCCACGGGUAAUGUCAGUCUGUAUUUGCCCCCCCUUCCAAUCUGGACCAUGAAGGAGAGAGGUAGCACAGGGAGGAGCUGGGAGGGAGUUGGCAAAAUGGCCUGUGGUUGAUACUGCAGCUGAAGGGCAGGGGAUGAAACGUCAGUAAGACCCACCACUGAAAGUGAGUUUAUCCACUGGGUGUGAUGAGGAGGAGGUCAGGCAGUAAUAAUGAACCUGUAAUAUAUUUGCCUUUAUACAUAAAGUGCAGGGCUACACUCUUGUGUAAUUUUUUUUACUAUUUAGGAUGGAUACAAUUUUAAUAAAUAUAUUAGAAAAGAAAAAGCAUAAAAAAAUGUUACUUUGCUAAUCCUGAAAGCAUUUGUACAUGAGGUAUGAAUGCAGUGAUUAUGGUGCUGCUUAUAUUUAUAUCUAAACUCUAUGUUGCACUGUCCAAUUGUUCAUUGCUGAGAAUGAUUCCUAUCGAGACAAUGAGUUAUACUUGAUUUUUCAAAUGAACGAACCUGGGAAGCUCUUUUGAGCCAAGGAGGCUAAGGUUUGACUGAGGCUUUGAUCAAUUAAAUCAGGAGAUUGUGUUUCCAGGGCCAGGAGGGUGAGGGAGCAGAGGGAGACAGAUUGAAGGGAAUUGGGGAAAAGCCCCCAAGGGGGAGGGGAGGGGGAUUGUUUUACACAGUGAGGUGUUGGGAUCGGGAAGGUGCCACCUGAAAGAGCGACGGGAACAGAUUCAGUCAGAACUUUCACAUGGGGACCCGGGGAAAGGGAAAAUGUUUACCCAGAUGUGGGGAGGGAGUGUGGGUGCAGGACCAAUGGAACCAGUCUUGAAAUUUCCACUGUAUCUGACACAGGGCAAAACAACACUGUCCUGACUGCACAAAUGAAGCAAGGCAGAGAUGGUCAGUAGAACAGAAACCUAGAAAGGAAUAGUAUUCCCAACAACAUGUCACGGGAUCAAAGUUUGCCAAAGAUAAGAAUCUCAGAACAGCAAGAGGCCAUUCAGCCGGCUCUUGGUUGAAUUACACCUGAACAGCAUUGCCUUGCUUUGCAGUAGCCCAUCCCUCCACACUUCCCAACACACCUGGUCAGAGAUGUCAUUAUACAGUCUCCAUUGGAGCAAGCCUAGGCCUCUUGGUUCAGAGGAAGGGACAAUACCACUGUUCCACAAGAGUCCCCACACUAGCAACACUCUCAAUCUCCUCUGGAAAGAUCUUAUGGAUUCCCAGCCUCAACAGAUUGUUAGAGGGUGGGGAAGGAAUGUUGUUAUAUCUCCAUAGCCGUCCCCGUGUGGGGAGGUGUUUCCUGACACACACACACACACACACACACACACACCCACACCCACUCCAAAUGGCCUGGCUCCCAGGUGAAGGUUCUGCCCCUUGUUCUGGACUCUGCUGCCCCCCCACCACCCCUCCAUGGUAUUUCCAACCUGUGUUAAGCUGGCCCAUCACAUGACAGGGAGGUGAGUGUCCAUGGAGAUUGCAAUGGAUCGUGAUGAGGUCAUGUAGUACCAGCCUUGGCACCAUCUGGAUUGAUGCGUACGUGGUACUGAGAUGCCUGUAAUCACUGCCUGUAAUUCCUCUCCGCAGUGGAAGAUUUAGAGAGGAAUGAUGGAUCAGCUGCCAGGCCGUAUUUCAUGAGUAAAACAUUGAUGAAGAUUCUGAACUUGAGGAACG